CACACCAUUCUCAUUCUUCCACACACCAUUCUCAUUACUUAUUUCAUUCUUUAAGACUCCGUUAGCCCUUUCAUCUUAACUUAGUUAAGACACAAACAUCAAUCAUGGCUGCAACCGUUUGCCACCCUAGAUUGCAGUUGCAUCUUGAAUCUCAACUUGUUGAAUCAAGAACACUAACAUUAAGGUUGCCUUCUCCAAAACAAUCCAAUGAUUUAGCCUUCAAAUCUUGUUUCCCGGACUCAAACAUGAACAAAACAGAAACUUUUCAAGACAAGCCCAACAAUGGUGGUUGGAACUUCGUUGACGCUCUUUCUAAUAUCUCACAAAACAUAUCAAUAAAAGAAACCACAAUCGGUUAUGUUCACCCUCAACAGAAUCGUUUCUCUUUGGGUUUGAAUCCGAAGAGUCUUGAAUUGUGCACAGAGAAUCUUGGUAACGAGAGUGGUACUAACAUUGUAGAAAACGACAUGUUGUUGUCUUUAAUGGAAACAAAAGAACAAAGACAAAGUUGUCGUAAAGUUUUAGCGGCUACUAAGAAAGUGAAAAUUCAGAAUUUUCCGCCACCUUUGACAACUAUAAGAGGUUCAGAAUCUCUUCGUGUUAGACCUCACCGUGAAGAUGGAAGAUUAGUGAUUGAAGUCACUAAGGUCCCACCGAGUACUAGUUGUUUUCAAGCUGAGAGAAGCCAUGGCCGUCUUCGCCUCUGUUUUGGCCGUGAAGAAGAACAAGAAGAAGAUAGUGAGAAUGAUAUUGAUGAUGAUGUCAUGGAUGAAAAUGAACAAGCACACAAUGAAGAAGAAUUUUUUAAAAAUGAAAUGAUGGGAGAAGAAACAAAAGAUGCUGAAAAAGAGGAUCAAAGGAAGAAAAUGAAUUGUUAAAUGAAAAAGAAUUUUCACAUAUAUUUAUCUUUGUAUUAAUAAAACAAUAAGAUUUAUAUCUUUGUCUUUACUCCAAUUUUCCUUUUUGUUUUGUGCAUUGCUCUUGUUAUGUUUAACGAAUUCCCUGUGUUUUGUCUCAUAAUCUAUGGUCCUGAUCGCUAGUUUUUACAGUUACUCUGUUUCAAGGAGGACACGCGCAGUGAUGUCUCUGCGAGUUUGAGUAGCACGCA